AUGUUACACCCACAACAAAUGCAAGAGCAGCAACAGCAACAACAAGAAGCUCAAGCUGCAUCAAUCAUACCAGAACAUUAUGAAAUGGAAUAUAUUCAAAGAAAUAAUAAAACUGUUUCAUUUUGUCAAAUUCCAAUUUCAAUUUUAGGAGGAGCAAUUGCAGGUGUUAUUGGAUUUUCAGGAGUUUAUGGCUUUUUAUUUUAUUUUUUUAUAUAUAUUACAUUUUGUUCAUUAUUUACAUUAAAAGAAAACAAAAAUUUACAUUUAUAUUUUCCAAAUCCAAGAUCAAUUUGGUUUGAUAGUAUUGGUGCAGGUUUAAUGCCAUAUAUUUUAUUUUGGACAUUUUUAUAUAAUAUAAUACAUAUUUAUUAA